AUGCCAGUUCAGCCAUGGCACUGGAACAAUUUCUUCUUCCUGAACGCGGAGACCGGGGAGCUGUGUCAGAGGGAGACGAUUCCCCGGGCUGUGUACAAGAGAGGCGACCAAACUGUCCGGGAGGGGUUUCAGGGAUUUUAUAACUAUACCCUCAUGGUGGAGAGCUAUCAGGUUGACGACAGAAGUAAGUCCGACAUCGCCACCCUCCACGUGAACGUCAUCGAUCAGAACAUCCACGGACCCACGUUCAGAAGACGCCGCUACAAGGCUGAGAUAAACGAGUUUCCUGCCGUCAGAGCCGGUACCGUCGUCACCACCGUCGCAGCCGAGGACGAAGACUAUGGGCAGAACAGUCUGUUUGAAUACGAGCUCCUCACGAACCCCGCUGGGGCGUUCUGGGUCGACCCCAGCAGUGGAGAGAUAAAGGUCACCCGUCCUCGCGCGAUAGACAGAGAGAAAAAUGAGACUAUCACUUUUAAGGUUAGGGCUACAGAGAUCUCAACCAACGAGAAAAGGUUCAGUGACCCGGAUGCAGUCGUUGAGGUCACUGUCCUUGAUGACAACGACAACAAACCUAAAUUUAGGAGACCAUCGUACCGAUUUGAUGUGAAGGACAGUCUGACUGUUGGAACAACUAUUCACAAGGUUGGGGAGAGGAUUCGCGCCGAUGACCCUGACCUUGGUGAAAACGGCACCAUCCAUUUCUCCAUCAUGGGUGUCCAGACAAAGGGAGGGUCGUUCUCCAUGAAGGAUUUACAAAGAUUUAAGAUAGACAGGAACACAGGGGUCAUCAAACUGGCGGACAACCUUCGGGACCUGAGACGGAAGCGGAAGUUUCCCCAGUACAACGUCAUGGUGAAGGCUGAGGACCAGUCCCGUCGACCCAGGGACAGACUGUCCUCCGUUGUCCGCGUGGUCGUUCAAGUCACCGAGGCCAAUGACUUCCCGCCAUACUUUGAAAGAGCCAAACAAGUGUCUUACAUCAGCGAAGCGGCCACCAUUGGUUCUCUGAUUACCAAACUAAAGACGGCGGAAGCGAUAUUAACUGUCCAUGUGCGCGACACAAACGACCAUGCCCCAGUUUUCAGCCAAACAACAUACGACUUUACCCUGUCAGAAGACGUAUCAGCCAAUCACAUCAUAGGGAAAGUUGAUGUGACGGAUAAAGACGAAGGGCCCAACGGGAAACUGGUGCUUUCAUUGUCUGGGGAUCAUUCUGAUUUAUUUGGAAUUAAAAAGAACGGCUACAUCUACCUGCGUCGACGUUCUGCUGUCCUGGAUCGUGAGACCACUGACCGGAUCAGCAUACAGGUCAGGGCGGAGGAUCUCGGACAACCCCCGGAACAGGGUGACGCCGCUAUACGGAUACGUCUUCUUGACGUCAAUGACAACAGACCUGAGUUCACCAAGACUCGGUACGUCACGGAAAUAACAGAGGAAUCGCCUGGUCGUAACAGUCGUCGCAAACUUGUGCAGCUGGAAGACGAGGUGUUGGCUGAAGACGCUGACAAGGACGUCGAUAACCGCAACAUCGUCUACAGCCUACGCGGUGCUGGGACUGACGUGUUUAUGAUUGACAAGAGGACCGGGCGUGUGUAUAUCAGAGAGACAAGGCUUGUUGAUUGCGAGGUGAAGUGUGAUUACAAACUAAAGGUGAGGCUUGCUUUAAAGGUCGUGGCCCGGGAUCAAGGGGGGAAGGGUCUAGAGGGAACAGCUGAUCUGAUCAUCAAGAUCAACGACAUCAACGACAACAAACCCACCUUGACGAAGAACUACACCUUCCGCGCCUCACCACGGGCCAAGGUGGGGUCUGUGAUCGGGGACAUCGACGCCGUGGACGAUGACGUUGAAGCCCGCAACAGACGCGUUAUGUACGUGCUCAAGGACGGCGGCUACGGCAAGUUCAGCAUCGACUUCGACUCAGGCAUGUUCAGCAAGUUUAACCAGUAUUUGAUAGCCUUAACUUGA